UGAGGACAUAUAGGAAUGGGACAUCAUUGCUGCAGCAAACAGAAAGUUAAAAGAGGUCUUUGGUCUCCAGAAGAAGAUGAAAAACUCAUUAGACAUAUUACCACUCAUGGCCAUGGAUGUUGGAGUUCUGUUCCUAAACUAGCAGGAUUACAAAGAUGUGGAAAGAGUUGUAGAUUGAGAUGGAUAAAUUACUUGAGGCCAGAUUUAAGAAGGGGUUCUUUUACUGAACAAGAAGAAAGAACAAUCAUUGAUGUUCAUAGAAUUUUGGGAAAUAGAUGGGCACAAAUAGCCAAACAUUUACCGGGUAGGACAGACAAUGAAGUGAAGAAUUUUUGGAAUUCUUGCAUUAAGAAGAAACUCAUUGCUCAAGGGUUAGAUCCAAAUACUCACAAUCUCCUCAAGAACAAAUCCAACAAUUCAACCAAAAAAUCCAACAAUUACACUUAUCAUAAUCAAGAUUCCACCUCAACUUUCACUAUUGAUACUUCAACAAAUAAAGAAAUAAUUUCAAUGGAUUUGAAAUCAACUCUUGCAACCUUACCUACUAAUUUUCCGCAUAGUGAUAAUAUUACAUACAAUUACACUCCUAUUGUUCCUAACAUUGAAUACCAAAAUCCUACUUUCGUGUGGAGCGAGCAGAGAAAUCAAAGUACAGUAAUUACUACUCUUCAAUCUCAAACAAGUGAUCAGAGAAAUCUCAAUACUACUCGAGAUUCCAUGUUGGAUUUCGCGAGUUGUUCUUUAAUGGAAAGCGCGACAAAUAUUAAUGUGUCAUCUUAUAUAAAUGAGAAUAGCAUGUGGCAUGGGACUGGACUUGAACCAACAACCUUAAAUCCUGUCAAUGGACAAGAAGAAGAAAUGCAAGUAGGGGAUCAACAAUUUCCAAUUAUUCAGACUAAGUUUUGUGAUGAUAAAGAGGAUGUAUACAAGGUUAAUGAUCAUGAUCAAACGGUGGAAAAUGCGUUCGACGUUAACUCUAACUUUGAUUUUGAGUUUAUGAAUUCUACAUUCGUACCUUGCGGAUUGUACUCUAAUGUAAAUUCUAUGGAUCAACUUUCAUGGGAUUGUUAGUUGUUGUUUUUUUCUAGUUUCCUAGUAUAUGUUUCUUGCAUGUUUAUUUUGCAUUACACCUUGUUGGGAGAAAAAAAGAAAUGGUAGUUGUAGCUUUAUGUCAAAAAUCAUGAUUAUUUUGAAAAGAUUCAAUUCAUGUUUAAC